GCAUGCGUGAUUUAGUUUUCAAUAUGGCGUCAUUAGUUAAAGUUUUCCACAUCAGUUAAACAAAAGAUUUUAGAUCUAUAAUUUUACAAUUGAAGUUGUGUUCAUAAACAAUAGUACGUUUACAGAGUUAAGCAGAUACUAUGGACAACACAGAUGAUUUUAUAGAUCCACAGCUUGAAGUGAAAAAGCUUCAAGAACUCGUCAAAAAAUUAGAGCGACAGAAUGAAGUGUUGCGGAGAAGUAAACAAGGAGUUGGAUCCCAGCUACAAAAUGGUGAAAUAGAUUUUAUAAACAAAAACAACAACCUUAACUCUGAGGAAGACUCUAACGACGUCCCGAAAAACAAAUAUAGUAAUAAACUGGUUCUUGAGGAUUAUGAAGAUGUUAACUUUUCAGAUUUGUCUGUUGAAGAUGAAAGCUGGUUGUAUACAUCUCCAAAAGCUGCUAGUCCACAACAAUCUCAAGAACAACUCCUGUCCUGGGUUCGACAAGACUUUGACCAUCCAAGUCCAGAGGUGCAGUCUUCAAGAAGGGCUCUUAUCAGUAAAUUGGAUGAAGCUGCUAGAAUGAAACACAGUUCUAGUUCACCAGUUAUAAGUAGCCAGCCGUAUGCCAGUAGAUCAGCUUAUGCACUGAGUAAGUCUACUGAGGAAUCUGGCCAAACACCAGUGAUUAAAAAUAUUUUACCAAGAAAAUCUGGAUUGGCUGCUCCUGGUAUGGGUAAAUUGGCAUUUGACUCUGGUACUUACACAAGACAAAAACGAACAAAUGCACCUAUGCACGGAGAAGGUGAUCCACCUCAGGAGCUUAUAGCAUCAGAUAUUAGUGAGAUUGAGAUACUUGCUAAGCAACAAGAAGAGAGUUUGAGACAAAGUAUGACUCCUGCUAACAGAAAAGCUUUGAGAACAAAGCAAGGACUAAUGGAAGGAGAUAACGGUGCAAGGUUAAGCCCUAGUCGUUUUGAUGUAGAAGGGGCUUACAUUUCCCAUCACAGAGGUAGCCUGGGCUCAGAUCACAGCACUCCACCAGACAGUCCACACAACAAUCAGCAAUUCCAUCUCAACAAUUCAAAUGACUCCAGAGGACGUCGGAGUCUUCCAACAACACCAGCUUUACAGUACAAGUCCCAUAACUCCAGUGACUCUAGUCUAGAGAGGCACAGUGUCAAUAGUGAUGAGAUGAACCUGGCACCAGAAGCUAACAGGACCAUGUCCUCCAGGUUACAACAGCCCAGCUACAGGGCCAACAACAACAUGACCCCUAAACGAGUUGUCUCGUCGGGCUUGCUGCCUGGCCUGGCCCAGCAACAACAACAACGCGGAGUAUCUCCCCAGAGAACAAGUGGCUUGCCUACUCCUAGGCGGCAGAUAAUGAGGCCCAACUCUGCCACUAGAUCUUCUUUACCCACAUUUAAAAGAGCUAAUGCUCCGUCACCUAAACCAACAGGACGCGUUGAGGAAAACUGGAAGGAUGGCUGUUUUUGACUGAAGCAAUCCUUUGUCUGCUUUAUAUGUGUGACAUGCUAGUAGAGAUAUAUGUGUUACAAGAUUAAAGACACUGAAGAGAACAUAAAAACCAUUUAACUUGUUCCAGUUACAAGCAGUUUGGAUUCAGUAUCAAAAGAUUCCCUUUACUGGCUGACCUGGAUAUUACUUUGACAUUUUGUGCCUACAUUUCAAUGACUUAACAUUGUUACUGGACAGGUUGGUCUUCGUCUGAUCAUCUGAUACAAAUUUCAUAGAAAAUUUUGUUGACCUCUUUAUGUGAACACAUGAAAAUCUUUAAAAAGUAUCAGAAAAAUACAUAUAAAAUACCUUGUGGUAUUGAGGCGACAUUCUGGAACGGAUUCGGAUAAUUUCAUUUGGUAUGAGUAAGAAUGCCUGAUAUUUUUAUGCUAGGUCAGCCUACGAUUUUAAAUUAUUAUGAACCUCAACUUAUAAAUAGAUUUGGAAGUAAAUAUCUUCCUUUAACCAUUGAAGAGUAGUUGGUGCUAGGAAGACACGCUUACACAUUUGCAUUUUAAAUCGUUAUAUUGUUUGGGGCUAGGAAGAAAUGCUACACUUUGUAUAUAAAUAGUUUAACAUAGAAAGUGGUUAUUUACAUUGAAAUACAUGAAUCUGUGUAAGAAUCAGCAGUGAUACUCCAUAGAGGCUAAGUAUUUAAAUAAGAUAACUGGAUGGUCACAUACCAUAAAACAUAAUGCUUAAGUGCUUGUGGUUAGGUCUUGUCUUGAAAAAAGAAAUUACAUAAUUUUAGGGGGGGGGGGCCAUCUACAUUGAGAAAUAAAGUAGCUCUGGCAAGGAAAGAUAACUUUUGAAACAUUUCUAUAGUUUGGUUUAGCAAGUCUCUACCUUAGAGACCACAAGCUCUUGUAUCUACUUUGAAACAAUUUACACAAUUUUAUAAAUCAGUUUAUCUUUUUUUUUUUUGUCAAGUUAUUUACAAACUGGCAUUUAAAAAAAAAAAAUGCCUCAUUGCACUAUCACAAUGAAUGCACUCUCUACCUAAUGGUAAAUUCUCAGUGCUGGUGUUAAUUGGGGGUGUUAUUGCUUUAGAUCUUACCAAACACUCUCAAACCAAAGUGAACACUUUUGAUAUAAUUAUACAAUAUAAGUAUCCUUUGUAACUGGUUCUGUUUGACAACCUGAAAACACAAAAGAGUUCCAGUAUGGCCAGUUUUGAAUUCAUACUGUCUAUGCAUUUGAGUGUGUAUUUCCCUCAUACUGAAGAGUUUACAUAGUGUGAUGUGAUGGAUGAGCUUGAUGGUAGGUAGAAUGUGAUGGACGAGCUUCUUUCCUUGAAAUCAAACUUGGUGCUUUCAUAUUUUGUUGGCCAAACAAUUUUUUCUUUUGUCUAGAAGCAAAUUUUAAACUGUGCGAUGCGCAUGUUAAUAAAAUAUUGCCCUGGCGCUAUCUGGACUAAAAGUAUUUUAUGCCAUGUUCAUCCAUUACGUGCAUGUAUGUGUGUAUGUGGCAGAGACCUUGAUGCUUGGGUAAUAAAGCUAUAGACUUCACUUGUGUUUUAAUGAUUAAGUUCAACUAGAUACCUACCUGACAUGACAUUUCUAAUGAUACACUCCUUGAUAUCCCUGUGACAUUUGAUUUGAAUACUGGUUGCAUGCUGGGAAGACUGGCUAGAAAGACAAUUUUUGUUUGCUUUAUGCAAUGUUGUAAAUUAUGACUGGAUAAUGUAGAUAAACAUUUUUUGUUUGUUUGUGAUGUCAUUGUUCUAGAAUAAUAAUGUUUACAUGUGAAUUGCCCUCUUUUUUUGUUUUCCACUUUUUAUUUUUACGU